AUGGCACGUCGUGCUGGUUUGGUUAACCGGGGAACAGAAGAAGAGAAACAAGAAGCAAAUGAAGCUAAACGCGAUAGCGAGGAAGGUAGUGAAGAAGACGGAGAGGAGGAUGAUCUGUUCGAGAUAAACCUGGACGCCGUGAGUGACACGACAUCGUCCCCUCCACCAUAUGAUUGGGAGAGACCUCCGGCGAAGACAGGCAGCGUUUUACUGGCGAACUGUCUGUUACCAGCUGCGGAAAUCUCCGGUGCUGUGCCAGCAACAUCAAGUGCUUGGAGUGAAUCUGUUUGGUUUAGAGGGUUUCUCUAUAUUGAAGCUCUAGGAACCGAAAUAAACAAAGGUUAUCCACAUGACAUGUAG